AUGUCGCUGCGAAAACUUGCAAUUCGACCGAGCAAUGCUCGAGCAGUGUCUCUUGCAUUGACAACGUCACAUGCUCCUCGUCUGGGUAUCCGAUUCUCGAGCACAGCCCCUGCAACCAUCGUUGACGGUUCAUUCUGGAGAUCCCUUGUACCGAAACCGCUGCGAAAGGAAAAUCGCCAAUUAAAGAAGAAGUCGAGGGAAUGGAACCCGGCGACCUUUUUUAUCGCCAUUUUCUUGUUGAUUGGUUCCAUGUCGAUCCAAAUGAUUGCCCUACGGAACUCGUUUGACCGAUACAUGCGACAGUCGGAGGCCAGGAUCAUGGCACUGCGGGAGGUGGUGGAAAAGAUUCAGAGAGGCGAGCCAGUGGACGUCGAGAAGGCACUUGGUACUGGCGACCCCAAGAAGGAAGCCGAUUGGGAAGAGAUGCUUAAGGCCAUUGAACGAGACGAAGCAGCCCGCAAGGCGAAGCAAGAGAAGGCAAAGCAAAGCGAACCUGCAACUCCAGUCCCCGAAGUCCAGGUUGAAGAGGAAACACUAGCAAGUGAAGCUGCACCAAAGAAGGCGAAAUCCGGAAGCCUGGGAAAUUUCUUCUAA